GGAGGGGACGGGGUUCGCGGGGGCGGGGCCGGCGCGUCCGGGGUUAAUGAUCGUCCCGCCUCAGCAGCUCUGACUCAGUUUCACCAGAAACCUGGGGGAGGUAGCGGCCUGUCCCUGUGCGCGGGGGCACCGGGACUGAAGCGGCGGCUGGAGCCGCGGAGGAAGACGGCCCGGGACCUGUGCGGGCCGGCCCCUCCCCACUCACCUGCGCAGGUACCUGAGCCGCGGGAGCGCGGCGCGGGCGGGGCGGACCCAAGCACGUCCGGCCCUUUGUUCUGCUCCCGCGGGUGUCCGGCCGCCGGCCCUUGGUUCUCGGGGUGCCCGGGCCCCCUAGCGCUAGCCUGUACUUCCUCAAGUCUGCCUGGUGUCUGCCCGGCCCCUCCCAGCUCGCCCGUGCUCUCGGACCCGGCGCCGUGAAGGUGACUCCCGGGGGGGGAGGGCCCCUCCGAGCGCGAUGGCUCGCGUCGCCGCGCUCGCCUUGUGGCUCCUGUGCGCCAGCGGCCUCCGGGCCGGGGCCGGGCCUCCACCCGCGCCCUCGGGGGCUUCCUGCCUGGACCGCUUCACUCCCGGGGUGCCCGACUUCGUGCUGGACACCGAGGCCUCGGUCAGCAACGGGGCCACGUUCCUGGGCUCCCCGGCCGCGCGCCGCGGCUGGGACUGCGUGCGCGCCUGCUGCACCACCCCGGGCUGCACGCUGGCGCUGGCCGAGCUACAGCCCGACGGCUCGGACGACGCCAUCGCCGCCUGCUUCCUCAUCAACUGCCUCUACGAACAGAGCUUCGUGUGCAAGUUUGCGCCCAGGCAGGGUUUCGUCAAUUACCUGACCCGCGAGGUCUACCGCUCCUACCGCGAGCUGCGCACCCAGGGCUUCGGAGGUAAGAGGGAAGGAUCGGGGACACUCAGAGACCUGGUGGCUGGGUGCGUCCUUGCCUACGCGAGACCAUUAAAAGUUGCCUUACUUCAGCCUGCACCCCACUUCCCCCUAGUGUGCUCUGCCACCUGCAGCCCCAGUGAGUUCCGUUGUGCUGAUGGCUGCUGUGUAGACAGCUUCCUAGAGUGUGAUGGCACCUCUGACUGCCUGGAUGCCUCUGAUGAGGCCAACUGCCAGCGAUACAUCAACGGCUUCGAGGACCUCCAGAACAUCCCCUUCACCAGUGACAAAGGGCACUGCGUGGACCUGCCAGACACAGGCCAAUGUGAGGCGCGCAUCCCCCGCUGGUACUACGACCCCUUCAGCCAGAACUGUGCUCGCUUUACCUAUGGCGGAUGUAAUGGCAACGGGAACAACUUUGAGGAGGAGCAGCAGUGUCUGGAGUCCUGCAAGGGCGUGUCCAAGAAGGAUGUGUUUGGUCUACGGCGAGAAAGCCCCAUUUCCAGUGUAGGCUCUGUGGAGGUGGCUGUUGGUGUGCUCCUGGCCACCUGCAUUGUGGUGAUGGUGGCCCUUCUGGGCUACUGCUUCUUCAAGAAUCAGAGAAAGGGUUUCCACCAGCACCAGCCUCCGCCCACCCCUGCCAGCUCCACCAUCUCCACCACGGAGGACAUGGAGCACCUGGUGUAUAACCACACCACCCAGCCCUUCUGAGUUGGAACUGCCUGGGCUCUCCUGCCUGGCCCAGGCAGGGGAAGACUUUGGGACCAGACUUGGAUCCUCUCAUGGGGAUCCCCCAAGCUCAGGUCACUCACUGCUGAGAAGGCCCCAGGGCCUGGGAGCAGUGUGAAGCCUUAGAUCCAGGAGCUGCAUAUGGAUAGACCUACCUCUCUGGGAUCUCAGCCAAAGUGGACUUGUGUUUCCAGAUUGAAGCUGUCUGCUUCACCAGUUCUUGGGGGAGGGGCCUUGGGCAGCAGAAGCCCCCACAACCCCUCUUUACCUCCAUCUCCAGAGCUGAAGGAGGGCCUCCUGUAUUUUUGUCCUGUACAGAGUCACUUUUUGUUUAUUUAAUGCCAAGGGGAUGGGUGAGAGGGGAUGAUCUUGACUCUUCCCUGUCCCCCAGAGUGAACCAGCAGAUCUCUCCCCCAACCCUUUUCACGCCCUGCCUGCCCUUCAUUCCCAACAGGCUUAGUCCACCCGCAGGGAAAUAAAAUAAUUUCUUCUCUGAG